AUUAUUGGAAUAUUAUAGAUUUGGCGUAAGAUCUCUUGCGUGAGCGUGUGUGUCACGCCAGUUGCGUGAGAGUUGACAACCCUGUGUCCCCGGUAUUGCUAAAUGCGGUACUGGAACGUGGUUAACUCAGGUGUGACGUCACACCAGCUCUGACUUCCGACCUCCGAGGUAAAUGAAACGGAGUAUAUUAGACCGGACUUACAGGCUCCUACACACUCUUCCGCUGAAGCCUUGGAACCUUCUCUCCACCUGUGACCAUGGCGUUUAUGCCCCCACCGGGUUACCUGUCUGUCUACAACCCUUGCAUCCCCUAUCUGGGUCCUAUUAAUGGAGGACUGAGACCAGGAAUGUCCAUCUACAUCCAGGGGCAUCUCCCUCAUCACAUGAAAAGAUUUUUCUGCAAUUUGCAGUGCGGGGAGAUGGAGGGUUCUGACAUCGCCUUACACAUAAACCCUCGAUUCGAUGGAUGGGACAAGGUGGUCUUCAACAGCUUUCAGUGUGGGACAUGGCAGGAAGAGGAGAAGAUCCAUAGGAUGCCGUUUAGCAAGGGGCAGCUCUUUGAACUGAUCAUCAUCGUGGAGUGUGAGGGAUACCAGGUGAACAUUAAUGGCACCAGGUUCCACUUGUUCCGGCAUCGCUUACCUAUGGAGAUGGUGUAUUUCCUGAACAUUGGAGGAGAGGUCAUCAUCCAGACACUCAACAUCAUUGGGGGCAGUGUACAGGGAUUUCCAGGAGGGAUGGGGGGCGUUUACCCAGCCGGAGGAAUGGGGGGGGGGUUCCCAGCAGGUGGAAUGCCGGGAGGGUACUCAGCCGGCGUAAUGGCAGGGGGGUUCCCAGAUGGUGGAAUGGGUGGUAUGGCGGUUGGUAUGCCAGGCCUCCCAGGGAUGGGAGGGCAGAUGGGCUACCCUGGGGGCAACCUGCCGAUGAUGGCGAGUAUGCCAGUCUAUAACCCGUCUGUCCCCUACGUAGACUUCAUUCCAGGUGGCUUGACCCACAAACGGACCAUCAUCAUCAGAGGCAUGGUGCCCUUUGGAGCCAAUAGGUUCACCAUUAACUUCAAAGUGGCUGGGUCUGAUGACAUCGCCUUCCACCUGACCCCCCGCAUGAUGGAGGGGGUGGUGAUGCGAAACAGCUACCUGGGAGGCUGGUGGGGCCAGGAGGAGAAUGAUAUCAGUUUCUGUCCCUUCCAGCAAGGACAGUACUUUGAAAUCUCCAUACGAUGCGGGAAUCGGCGCUACAAGGUCUAUGUGAACGGACAGCACCUGUGCAACUUCACCCACCGCAUCCAUCCAUUUGGAAAGGUUGACCGGCUGGAGGUUAUUGGGGAUGUGCAGCUCUCCUACAUCCACUUCUGAGAUUGAAACACUGCCCCCUGCUGGUCGGAGAUUCAUUCACAUGGCCCCAAUUCUCUCCUCAAAGCCUCGAGUGAUGCUUCUGUCUGUCAUCUACCUAAGUAUAGGUUAUACUAAUUAUACAACCUGAAUAAACCUUGAAUAACA